UUGGGCGCAGGUCCCGAUCGAUUCAUCGCUUCCGAAAAGACGUGGAGCGAAUAGCCUCCGUCGACGAGCGGCAACGAAGGACCGUCGCUCCCAUCCCGACAAAGAAAAACAGCGAGCGUAUUUUCGAUUUUGAAAAAAAGUAAAUAUGGCGCUAGACUUUGCGGCUACCUACAAGGUUCUCGUUCUAGGAGAUUCGAACGUUGGUAAAACUUGCAUCGUUCAUCGGUACUGCGAUGAGCGGUACUAUGACACUUACAUAUCAACCAUAGGCAUCGACUUCAAACAAAAAAUUAUCAAUUUAGAUGGUACUCCGAUUAAACUCCAAAUAUGGGACACCGCUGGCCAAGAAAGGUUCAGAACUCUCACGACGGCCUAUUACCGUGGAGCGAUGGGCAUUCUUUUGAUGUAUGACGUUACCAGCAUGGAGAGUUUUAAUCAUCUUUCGUAUUGGCUUCGUAAUAUCCAAGAGAAUGCCUCGCCAGAUGUAGUUAAAGUGUUGGCAGCUAAUAAAUGUGAUGCCACAACUCACAGGGCAGUUGAUGCUGUCAGAGGAAAUAAAAUUGCUGAAAAUUUCGAUAUGCCCUUUUUCGAGGUUUCCUGCAAAGAAAAUAUUAACAUCGAAGAAGCGUUCUUAACUUUAGCCAGGAGAAUACGGGAACAACGGGGUCGUCGAGCAAGCCUAUUCGAAGCUUCGGAGAGGGAAGGAGCAAAUGCAGUGAUAACAGCUCAGUCGCCGUCGCAGCAAGGCGAUGCAUGGCGUUGCACGUGUUAGCCUGGGGCUUGAUAUUCUGACUGCUGGGUCUUUAGUGACAGCUAUAGAGGCUCCUUGAAAGAAGUGGUAUGGUUUUAUAAUGCAAAGCUCAUCGAUAUUAUGAUAUUUAAUUGAUAUAAAAAGUAUUGAAGUACUGGAGUAUCAAGGUCUUAAUCUUAGGAACGUUCGUUCAUUCCUAAUUUUUAAGACUUAUAGAAACACAGAAAAAUUGAAAAAAAAAAAAAAAAAUACCUACGGAAUUUUAUAUACGUACAUAGUAUUCAUAUGUUUUUUUAACGUUGGCUGUCUAGAGAGAAGAUCAUUCUUUUCGAACGGUUUGGUAAGUGUGUCAAUCCAAUUUUCAUAUUAAAAAAGGAUUCGGAUUAUGCUUUUGUAUAUAUUAGUUCCGUGAUUAACUUGUCGGCUUAGUAUUUAUUGAUAGUUCCGUUUUCCCAAAAUUCUCAAAAAAUUCUGCGAAAUUCUUUAUCACGAUUAUUUCAACGAUUAGUUCCGUAACAGAAUAAGUUUUUUUUUUCUUCGUUAAUAUGAGAAAAUAUUAAAAGAAGCAGGGAAAAAAAUUAUUCCAUUGUGAAGCUGAUCUCGAAACGCUCCGAACAAAAAAUAGAACAUUUGCCAACCUCGAACGAUCUUGAAAAAUCGGAAUAUUAUUCUUACUUGUUCAGCAAAUCUUUCUGUAUCGUGUAACUUGACGUAAUGUACCAUAUUAAAAUUUUAACGCAACUGAUCACCUUCGAAAGAAUCUGAGGAUCUCCGGAUACUUUCACGUACAAAACUUUCCCAACAAAUUGACAUACUGACCCGAAAACUUUAGAACAAAUUAUUUGGUCUGUGCAUAGGUACAAGAAAAAAUGCUAUAACAGUAUUGGACAAGUGCUACUCUUACGAAGAAAAUGUGUUGGUUCCAGGAUUUCGUCAAGCUUUUCGUUAAUUCAGUAUUGAAGUAGUUGAUUGACUCUACAGUUUCGUAGAAGUUGAAAGAGUAGCCCUAGUCCAGUUUUCUUGAGAAAAUAUGUCAUUAUGUGCGUAUAUAAAAGCAGUUAAUGGGGCACAAAAUGCAAGAUUAGUUGAUUUAUGAAACUGAAAAAAUGAAACAUUACAAGUUAACGCGCUUUUAAAUUCUCUAGACAUCGAAGGAUUCAAAAGAUAAAUUAAGGACGUAUAGUGCUAUAUUAAAAGUCUACAUAUUCCUUAUAGCCGUACAUACAUCUAUUGUACGCGAAAAUGCAACGGCUUUAUAAGACAUUUGCGUUGGAGAUACAACUAUAUGUUUCCACAUUUAUUAUUAUUAGAUAAUAAUCGCCUGCUGGUAUAGAAAACGUAAAACCUUUACGGAAAGAAACCUUCAUCUCGUUGUCAAUAUUAUGAUUAUAGGUUGAAGUAAAAUUGAUAAACUUUCCAUGGCUGUAUGUCAAUUCCUAGACAGUUUGUAAAACGUAUAGAAGAACUCUAACUGCUUUUGGACGCGUGAAAAUGAUGCUUUUAAAUUUGAAUAGUUUCAAAAUAUGUUCGUGCUGCUAUUGGUUUUUUCUUAUGUUACAAUAGUGAGUAAACACUGCAUUCAUGAAGAUGGACCAAAAAUUGUUUUAUGAUUGUUGAUGAAUAUAAUUUUUGGGAAUUUUGUCUCACCAAUCAAUGAUCCAAUUCGAUUGGGAUUUGUUUUGUUCGAAAAUAUAUAGAUACAGUUUUUAUUUCCACAUUCUUUUCAUUCGAAUAAAUUUCAAAAGCGAUUCAACUGACGUACUUUAAAUUCGACAAAAGUAUUCUCGGACACUUGUAUCUUCUUUGUCACGAAUCGAUCCUUUUCUCUACAAAGUAGCCACCGUUUGAAGUUUGAUCUUUCGUCAAGAAUUCACCAUUUCUUUAUUUACUUAUCAAAUAAUAAUACGAUAAUGAAAAAAAACGUGGGGUCGUGCCAUAGAGGAUAAAUAAGAAUACUGCCUCUGAAUUCAAAGUGACUCAGUUUGAGUCAUUUUUGAGAUAGCAUGCAAUGGGCACCUCCAUUCCAAUAAACGAAUACGUAAAUGGAGAUUGUCAUGUUUUUGAAUAAAACAAACACCAAUCGAAUUGAAUAAUUAGUUAACGAUUUAUAAAUUCCCAAAUUUAAUCAAAUUUUUUAGCCUUCUACUCGUAUAUGUCUUCUCCUGAAUAGUAACUGAUGAUGAGAUGCAAGAUUGAUCCGUUAUUGUGAUUCAGGUAAAGGCCUCAUGAUUAGAAAUCAGUUGAUUUGUAUGUAUGUAGUAAGCAAGCGCUGAGCGCGUAAGGCCCCGCUGACCCGUUGUGUCAUAUAUUCAUAUAUUUCAUGACGUCAGAAGCAGGGCAAUUUCCUUGUCGAAUCGUGCGAGAACGGGGGUCCGAACCUGACCAGAAAUUCACAAAUCGUAGCUUGAAUAAAAGAGUAUGUCAGUAUCUCAAUUAUUGCUAACGUAGAUCGCUGAUAGUAUUUAUUACGAAUAAUGAUGAAAUAAAUAAAAUCACGUCACAUCAAACAUGGCUGAUCGGAACUACCGAUUCGUUGAAUAUUCACCGCUUCUACGAUUUCAGAAUUUCUUUCACUUCCGACAGGGAGAUGCAGACGUAUAAAAGCACACACACAAUCCGGGAAAACCUAUUUCACCUGUUAUCUUUCCGUAAAUAUGGCACGAUUCGACAAGGAAAUUUUCAGGUGGCAAGGGCCCGUUCAUGAUCCACAAGAAGUCUGUCUCCACUUGUAAGUGAUUUCAUUGGCCGGAUCUAACGGAACUGGGCAAUGAAAUCAGCGGCCUUAGUUCAACGUUGAAUGUCCAGAGGCGCUGUAAGUGCUUAUGACGUCACGCAAUGGAUAUUUACAAGCUAGGUCAGCGGCGCCUCAUUGAUGGUGUUUGGCCUGACUCUGACAAGGAGAGUAUCAGACCUUCGGAUCACGGAUUUUGCUCGAACUUUUAUACUGGUAUUUCUUUGGCCCAAAAAAUGCUACUUCUGAUGUUUGGUUUCAUCCAUUGAGCCUUCCUUCGCUCAAUUUACAAAAGUUCAGGUUGUUCUAAAUUUUCAAUAUGGCUCUGAGAUAAUAAUAUAUUCAUGAUUUACAUUAGAAUUUAUAAGAGCCUGUCAUCGAAACUAAAGCAGAGGCCAAUGAAAACUUGUAUUUAAGACAAAAAUUCACAACAGAUUUCGUUUAUUACGGCAUUUUACUCAUCAAACUGAUAAUUUAAUUAAUUUCGAGGGAACACGGAACAAUGGACGAAACUAUACACCAGAAGGUCUUUAUUUUGGGCCAGAAACACCCCUUUACAGAUUUUCAACUGAAUCCGGGAUUCAGAGGUCUGACACUCCUUGUUAGAGCAAGUCGACGGUACAUAUAAUUCAUAAUCUUCGUUUUUGCUGGCAGAAACAAAAAAGCCUUCAUUGUGCCUAUUAACGAAGAAAAAUAUUAAAGCGACAUAAAAUAAGCUGCUUUGUAUACACGGAGUAAAUAUCAUAAAUGGCGCAUAUAAGAUACCUAAAUAAAUUAUUUGUGAAAAUUACAUGAAUGGGACGAGAACGACUAGUGGAAGUGAAAAAAAUUGAAUGAAUUGCUGGAAUUAAGCAAAAUCUAACCGUUCAUGAAUUGGUACAAAGAAAAUCGAUUUCUGACAGGCUUUGUAUUAUCGCGAAAUAAUGUAUUAUUGUUGCUUUUGUAUAUUUGUAACUUACAGCAAUUUGUAUAAACUCUUUGAUAUAUGACUAUCCUAUGUGCUAAGCGUUUGUAGCUCGUUAAGGUUAAUUAUGAAUUGGGGCGGGCGUCUUGUUUAAAAAAAUAUUUAAGUUUAAGAAAGUUUUAUUCAAGUAUAUAUGUUGCUUCUUUAAACGCACAAUUUAUUAUCGACACGCACUACGGCUGAAACGAUCUCUUAACAGGAAUUGCCGAAUUCGGUAAAAACUGUUGCAUACUAAGCAGCACCAAAGCUAAUAGACCUAGACCAAAAAGUAUUUACUGUAAAUUUACAAUUUCUUUAUACCUAUUUUUUUCAUCAAAACGCUGGAUCGUAAUAUUAUCACCGCCCCAUAGGAAAAAUUUUCUUCUCUUAAGCUGGUCUUUUGAGAAAAUUUAAGAGCGUUUUAUAAAAAUUUGUUACCAUUUAUCCCACGUUGUAUUUUAACGCUUUUCGCCAUAGUUCAAUUAUGCACUCUGGAGUGCCCUGACCAAUAUUAAUUUUACCGCAGAGUUUAUCAAUUGUGCGAUUUUAAAUUUGAAUCUGAAUAAACGGAACCUUGAGCAGUAAUAUUCAAGGCAAAACACUA